CAGCAAGCUAGCUGCUAGCUAGCUAGCGUGCUGCGUGCCGAGUCUAUGAACAGAUAUGGUGAGCGGUCGGACAGGCGCGAUAGUUGCCGGGGUGUGUGGAGCCCUUUUCAUCGCAUACUGUAUUUAUUUUGACAGAAAGCGACGGAGUGACCCUCGCUUCAAGGAAAAGCUACGCGAACGUAGAAGAAAGAAAACGGUUACUAGUGACAAGUCUGGACUGGCACGGCUACCUGACUUGAAGGAUGCAGAAGCUGUUCAGAAGUUCUUCCUCGAGGAGAUCCAGCUGGGAGAGGAGCUCCUGUCACAAGGUGACUUUGAGAAAGGUGUGGACCACCUGACCAAUGCCAUUGCAGUAUGUGGUCAACCACAGCAGCUUCUUCAGGUGCUCCAGCAGACGCUGCCUCCUCCAGUCUUCCAGAUGCUGCUUACCAAACUGCCCACCAUUAGCCAGCGAAUCAUCAGCUCUCAGUCUUUAUCAGAAGAUGACGUGGAAUGAACGUGCGUGAGAUGGAAGUCUGCUAGUGAAUCAUCAGCUCUCAGUCUUUGACAGAAAAUGACACUGAAUGAAAGCGAGCUGGAAAUCUGCUUUUAUUAUUCCGUGAAGGGAUUUCAGGCACUGAUGUGUGUGUACUGAUUGGUACAUGGGACUGCGGAGUCUGAUUAUGACAGAGCUCAACCUUUGGACACGAGAAAACAAUGAUCCCCUCUAUCACAUUACUCCAAGGUUAAAGAACUUCCUCAAGGUUAUAUUUCUGGGAAAUGUUAAACACAUUCCAUCUUUCUAAUCUUGUUCCACCAGAUUUCAUGUUUUCUAUCCAUCUGUUGAUUCUAAUAUAUUCCCUCCAAAGUAAUCACAUGCUGUAUUUUGGGGGCUUUGUUGAUAGUCAUGCACUAAAUAAAAAAACAGAGGUAUGUAAAGGAUUUCUUACAUAUUGCUGCGCAGUUGAUAAACAUAUGAAGUGUAUGUACAAGUGCCUACACUAAACAGAGCACUUAUUUGUGGAAUAUUGUCAAGUUUUUGAAAUUGUCUUUGUAAUGUCAGUUAAAUGUUAUUUUUAUAUUCCGGUCUUUAGUACCUAGACAUUUUUUUUGUGUGUAAAAUCCUACAAUAAAACAUGAAAAGACA